AUGCAGCUCAGGCCACCAAUGGUAACUGGCCAAUUCCACGCUCUUUUCUUUGGCUCAGUUCGUAUGUUUUUCCUUGGGGUUUUGGGCUUUGCUAUUUAUGGAAAUGAAGCCUUGCAUUUCAGCUGAGAGGUUGAUCUUUUCUGUUACAACCAGUUCAGGCCUGUAACGCCUUCUACAUUUUGGGCAUUCGGGGCAUCACAGUGGGUGAUUCUACUGGUACCCAAAGCCUUUUUUCACCUUCGUGCUGCGUGUAAGAGCAUCAAACAGGAAGAUCUCCUCCAAAAGUCAUUCUACACCGUUUUUUAUAUCUUCUCUGUUUUCUUAAGGAUUAUCCUUGAAGCUGUCGCUUUUUUGUUUCAGAUUCCGCUCUUUGGUUUCAAAGUGAACGCAAUCCACAUGUAUGAUGUAGAAGCCCUUGGAAAAAAUUUUAGCAUUACCUGGUGCCUGGUGUCAGAGCACUUUGAAAAGACAAUUUUUCUUAUUGCAAUGUACACAUUUACUGUGAUUACAGUGGUCUCGCGUGUUGCUGGAAUUAUUGAGAUCUCAUGUAGAAGGCUAUGUUUCUUAAAAACUCGGUGA